AAUAUAUGUAUUCUCAAGUCAAUUCUCGUUAUUCGACUUAUUUAAUUCCGUUAUUGGAUAACGCGAUUUAAGUCGACGAUUAUAUACGAGAAUCAGCGAUAACAAUCAUUCAUACGCUCUAAAUGGAGUCAGAUUAAUGGGCCGCCACACUCUCACUCUUUCUCUUUCUCCUGGCGAUCGACUGGAUCAUGAAGACGUCAACAUCUGAAGGGAAGCACGGGAUACAAUGGACAUCUCGGAUGCAGUUGGACGAUCUAGACUUCGCAGAUGAUCUGGCCCUUCUAUCCCAAACGCGACAACAAAUGCAGGAGAAGACGAACAGUGUGGCAGCAGCCUCAACAGCAGUAGGUCUCAAUAUACACAAUGGGAAAAGCAGGAUUCUCCGAUACAACACAGAAUGCACCAAUCCAAUCACGCUUGACGGAGAAGAUUUGGAAGAUGUAAAAACCUUUACGUAUUUGGGCAGCAUUAUUGAUGAACAGGGUGGAUCUGAUUCAGAUGUGAAGGCGCGGAUCGGCAAAACAAGAGCAGCAUAUUUACAACUGAGGAACAUCUGGAAUUCAAAGCAACUAUCUGUCAACCAACACCAAGGUCAGAAUUUUCAAUACAAAUGUCAAGACAGUUCUACUGUAUGGGGCAGAAACCUGGAGAACUACGAAAGCCAUCAUCCAGAAAAUACAGGUGUUUAUUAACAGUUGUCUACGCAAAAUACUUCAGAUCUGUUGGCCGGACACUAUUAGCAACAACCAACUGUGGGAGAGAACAAACCAGAUCCCAGCGGAGUAAGAAAUCAGGAAGAAGCGAUGGAAGUGGAUAGGACACACAUUGAGGAAAGCGCCCAACUGCGUCACAAGACAAGCCCUCACAUGAAAUUUUCAAGGCUAAACAAAGGAAAAGAGGAAGACCAAAGAACACAUU